UCUCUCUCUCUCUCCGUCAGUGUGUUGUGUCGUACGGUUGAGUCUGUGUUUGCGUCUCUCAGUACAGAUGCUGAAGGGUGAUUACUCUUCUCUGAGACUCACGGCAUUGUGGAUUUGACAUGAUCGUCUGGUUCAGAGUAAUGGAGCGGAUCAGCAUGUAGACAGCAUCCGACUGGAAGCAGGUAGAAUGGGAAAGCACGUAUGGAGAGCCGCCGGUCUGCAGCCCUGGUGAAUGUCCUCAGGACCGGGAUCUUUCCGAUGGCUGUUGCGUCCCAGUUCGCAUAACGCAGAGGAUCUUCAAUUGCAGACAGCAGAGCGGAUCUGUUUUUUCUUCAUCCUUCUUCUCUCUUACCUUCUAUUCUCUCGUGCAUUUUGUUUUUAUAGACACCUGUUCUCCAGCCACAGCUGGGACUCCUCUGACCGUGCGUCUCAUUUCAAUCUCAAUCCGUUUUUAAGAAAAGCAAUACUCAGCCGUCAUGGGGGACUUGACGAAUAGCGAUUUUUACACCAAGAACCAAAGAAGCGACAGCAACCAUGCGUCGGGGUUUGGCUGCUCGCUCAUGGAGCUGCGUACCCUCAUGGAGCUCCGAGGAACCGAGGCGGUGGUCAAAAUACAGGAGGACUAUGGAGGCGUCGAGGGAAUGUGCCAGAGGCUGAAAACCUCACCGACAGAGGGUCUGACUGGAGACGCCACAGAUCUAGAUAAAAGAAAAGAAGUCUUCGGGCAAAAUCUUAUACCUCCAAAGAAGCCAAAAACUUUUUUACAGUUAGUGUGGGAAGCAUUGCAAGACGUGACCCUCAUCAUCCUCGAGAUCGCAGCCAUGAUCUCUCUGGGUCUGUCGUUCUAUCAGCCGCCUGGAGAGGGCAGCGAGUCGUGUGGGACCGCGACCGCGGGAGCCGAGGACGAGGGCGAGGCCGAGGCCGGCUGGAUCGAGGGAGCUGCGAUCUUACUCUCAGUGGUGUGUGUUGUUCUGGUCACGGCCUUCAACGACUGGAGCAAAGAGAAGCAGUUCAGGGGUUUACAGAGCCGCAUCGAGCAGGAGCAGAAGUUCCAGGUGGUGCGAGGAGGCCAGGUCAUACAGCUCCCCGUGGCAGACAUCGUCGUUGGAGAUAUCGCACAAAUCAAGUAUGGCGACCUGCUCCCGGCGGACGGGGUCUUGAUACAAGGCAACGAUCUGAAGAUCGAUGAGAGUUCUCUGACGGGAGAAUCCGACCACGUGCGCAAAGCUGCAGAUAAAGACCCCAUGCUUCUCUCCGGCACACACGUGAUGGAGGGCUCGGGUCGGAUGGUGGUCAUGGCUGUCGGGGUGAACUCUCAGACCGGGAUCAUCUUCACUUUACUCGGUGCUGGGGGAGAGGAGGAGGAGAAAAAAGAGAAGAAAGGUCAGGCUCUGGAGGACGGCCAUCAGCUGGCAGACUGCUCGCAUCCCUCCUCACACCCCAUCGCGACUAUAGCUACCGAUGGUGCGGCAAGCGCAAAUGCCCCUGGUAAUACCAGCCUAGUCAAUGGUAAAAUGCAGGAUGGAAAUAUGGAGAACAACCAGACCAAAGUGAAAAAGCAAGAUGGCGCUGCUGCGAUGGAGAUGCAGCCCUUGAAGAGCGCAGAGGGAGGAGAAACCGAUGAAAAGGAGAAGAAGAAGGCCAACGUCUCCAAGAAAGAGAAAUCCGUUCUGCAAGGAAAACUGACAAAGCUGGCUGUGCAAAUCGGCAAAGCAGGUUUGGUAAUGUCUGCCAUUACAGUCAUCAUCCUGGUGCUUUACUUCGCAAUCGAUAACUUUGUGCUUCAGAAGAGGCCGUGGCUGCCGGAGUGCACUCCAGUCUACAUUCAGUAUUUUGUCAAAUUCUUCAUCAUUGGUGUAACAGUCCUGGUGGUCGCGGUUCCCGAAGGCCUUCCGCUUGCUGUUACCAUCUCUCUGGCCUACUCUGUGAAGAAAAUGAUGAAGGAUAACAAUUUGGUCCGCCAUCUGGACGCUUGCGAGACCAUGGGCAAUGCCACGGCGAUCUGCUCAGACAAGACUGGGACGCUGACCACCAACCGCAUGACAGCAGUGCAAUGCUUUGUGGGGGAUUUCCAUUACAAGACGAUACCAGAGCCCAGCUCCAUCCCAGCCAAAACCCUGGAGACACUGGUCAAUGCUAUAUCCCUCAACAGCGCCUACACUACUAAAAUACUGCCUGCAGAUAAAGAGGGAGGUCUUCCCAAACAAGUGGGCAACAAAACCGAGUGUGGUCUUCUGGGACUGGUUCUGGACCUGAAGCGAGACUACCAGACCGUCCGCAACCAGAUCCCCGAGGAGAAACUCUACAAGGUUUACACGUUCAACUCAUCGAGGAAGUCCAUGAGCACCGUCAUCAAGCUUCCCGACGGAAACUUCAGGAUGUACAGCAAAGGAGCGUCUGAAAUCAUCCUUAAAAAGUGCGCUCUCAUUCUGAACGAGGUUGGAGAAACUCGCGUGUUCAGGCCGAGGGACAGGGACGAGAUGGUGAAGAAAAUCAUCGAACCCAUGGCGUGUGAUGGACUCAGAACCAUCUGUGUGGCCUAUCGAGACUUCUCUGGAGACCCCGAGCCCAACUGGGAGGAUGAGAACAACAUCCUGACCGACCUGACCGCUAUAUGUGUUGUUGGCAUUGAGGAUCCUGUCAGACCUGAGGUGCCCGACGCCAUCCUGAAAUGCCAGCGUGCUGGAAUCACUGUGCGUAUGGUGACAGGAGACAACAUCAACACGGCACGAGCGAUCGCCAUCAAAUGUGGCAUCAUCCAGCCCGGAGAAGACUUUCUGUGUAUCGACGGGAAAGAGUUCAACAGGAGGAUCAGGAACGAGAAGGGAGAGGUUGAGCAGGAGCGCAUUGAUAAAGUCUGGCCGAAACUGCGAGUGCUUGCCAGAUCCUCACCGACGGACAAACACACACUGGUCAAAGGUAUUAUCGACAGCACUCUGGUGGAGCAGCGGCAGGUCGUCGCUGUCACCGGCGAUGGAACAAACGACGGGCCGGCUCUGAAGAAGGCAGACGUCGGGUUUGCCAUGGGAAUCGCAGGCACAGAUGUGGCCAAAGAGGCGUCCGACAUCAUCCUGACCGACGAUAACUUCUCCAGCAUCGUGAAGGCCGUGAUGUGGGGACGUAACGUGUACGACAGCAUCUCCAAGUUCCUCCAGUUCCAGCUCACCGUGAACGUGGUGGCCGUGAUCGUGGCCUUCACCGGAGCCUGUAUCACACAGGAUUCUCCUCUGAAAGCAGUGCAGAUGUUGUGGGUAAACCUGAUCAUGGACACGUUCGCAUCUCUGGCUUUGGCCACCGAACCGCCCACUGAGUCUCUGUUGAGGAGGAAACCCUACGGGCGGAACAAACCCCUGAUCUCCAGUACCAUGACCAAGAACAUACUGGGCCACGGUGUGUACCAGCUCACCAUCAUCUUCACGCUGCUGUUUGCAGGUGAGCAGAUCUUUGACAUCGACAGUGGCAGACACGCGCCGCUUCAUUCUCCUCCCUCUGAGCACUACACCAUCAUCUUCAACACCUUCGUCAUGAUGCAGCUCUUCAACGAGAUCAACGCCCGCAAGAUCCACGGAGAGAGAAACGUGUUUGAAGGCAUUUUCAGAAAUCCCAUCUUCUGCUCCAUUGUCCUCGGCACUUUCGCCAUUCAGAUUGUAAUUAUUCAGUUUGGAGGGAAGCCGUUCAGUUGUUCUCCUCUGGACCUGGAGAAGUGGAUGUGGUGUGUUUUCCUUGGGCUGGGAGAGCUGGUCUGGGGACAGGUUAUAUCAACUAUCCCGAACAGCAAGCUGAGGUUCCUCAAAGGAGCUGGCCGUCUGACGCAGAAGCACGAGAUGACGGCCGAGGAGGAGAUGAACGAGGACCAGGAGGAGAUCGAUUACACAGAGAGAGAGUUACGACGAGGACAGAUCCUCUGGUUCAGAGGCCUCAACAGAAUCCAGACUCAGAUCGAGGUAGUGAACACGUUCAAGAGCGGGACUUCAGUUCAGGGGGCUUUGAGACGCCAGUCCUCCACCACCAGUCAAAAUCAGGAUAUACGUGUUGUGAACGCAUUUCGUAGCUCGCUCUACGAAGGCUUGGAAAAACCCGACUCCAGAACCUCCAUCCACAAUUUCAUGACUCAUCCAGAGUUUAGAAUAGAGGACUCCACACCUCACAUUCCUCUUAUAGACGACAUCGACAUUGACGAAGAGGCGGCGAGGAAGAACUCCAGCCAGCCCACGUCUCCCAACAAGAACAACAACGCCAUCGAUAGCGGUAUAAACCUGACAACCGACACGAGUAAAUCUGCUGCUUCCUCCAGUCCCGGGAGCCCGCUUCAUAGUCUGGAGACAUCGCUUUAGCCAUGAGAUCUCCAUAAUCAUCUUAAACUCUACGUUUAGAAGCACUCCGGAGUGCAUGCGAACUGUUGACUGAAGGCGUGGUCGCGCCACUUUCUUUUUUUUUUUAUUGAACGUACGACUGACUCGGAUGAUCGCGGAGUGACUCGAGAAACUAUACAAGAAACCACGAGCGCAGACACAGCGCUCCCAUUUCCUGAGGAAACGACAGACUAUUACGAGUAAUUUAAAUCAAAUUCAGCUAUUAUCGUUGCUCCUGCAUGAAUGUACAUUACCCAGGUUUUUAUUCGGAAACCUUUCUUUUUAUUUAAACGGUUUGAUUUGAUUUGGUGGGACGUGCGGUGGACUGCUAUUUUACGACAGCUUAUCUGAUUCACUGAUCUGUGAGUAUUGUGUGUGGCAUGUAUCUAAUUGUAUAGAUUUAUUUGGUUAUUGAUUAAGGUGUAUCCAGGUCGCAGGGCUCAACUUGCACAGUAGAUUUGCACCUGUCGGAAAAGAGAAACCCAUGGAAAUUAGAAUUUAUUAAGCGUACAUAUAUAUUUAUAGACAUAUUAUAAAUAUAUAUUUACAGAGUUUAUCUUUAUUUGUUGGCAUGUUGCCUUGUUCUGCUUCAAUAACUACUUUAACUUAUUUAUGUCCUAAAGAGAAUGUAAUUUGUUUACAAAACUUGUAGAUACGUCCUGGUUUCUUUGUAGGGUUCAAAACCACGCAGCAGACGUAGUUGGGACAGCUCACGUUGUUCAGUACUCUAGGUGUUUUAUUACCAAUUGUGCGCUGGACUUGCCUGCUAUUUUGUCAAAUAA